ACCUUACUUUUUCCCUAAGCACAUGUCAAAACAAAAAUUUUCAAAACAUAGGAAAUUUACAUUUAGUCCAAAAACACGAUGAAAUUUAAUAAGAAGAACAAAUUUAGGCCCGCAAAAACGCCAGAAGUAGAACCCGAUGACGAUGAUCUGGAGGAGCAGUACCAGGAAACACCCAAAUGGUAUGAAGACAAUAUUGAGGAGCCAAAGAGUUUUGAAAAUGUUACUGAGCAAGUUUUAAUUGAGUUAAAAGAUGAAGCAAAGAAGUGCCAUGAUGCUGAAGUGGCAAAUUAUAAUAUUAAAAAUUCAAAAACAAAUUCAAAUUACCAAUGGAUGAAGACGGUUAUGAAUAGCGGUACAGUUUCCGAUAAAAUAGCUGCACACACAGUAGCCAUUCAGGACAACCCUGUUUGCAACUUAGAGACCUUGACAAACUUAGUAAAUAUGGUCAAGGUUGGCAAAAAGAAGGAAUGCUUUACAGUAAUGGAAACCUUGACAGAGCUGUUUCUGUCAGAUUUACUGAAACCUGAUAGAAAGUUACAACCUUUUCAUUCAAAACCUUUGUCCGCUCUAAACGAUAUUUCGUCGGGCAAUGCAAUUAAAAGGAGAAAAAUUUUAAGCUGUUGGUAUUUUGAAGAUCAAUUGAAAGAAGUUUAUACUAAUUUUGUUUUGGCAUUGAAUAAGGCGGCACAAGAUACAGUGGAUACCAACAAAGAAAAGGCUAUUACUGCUAUGUUCAAGCUGCUUAGUGGUAAUCCAGAGCAAGAGAAGAACCUACUUUCAUACCUAAUAAACAAACUGGGAGACCCCUCGCAGAAAGUAGCCUCCAAAACAAUCUACUGCCUCACCCAGUUGCUUUUUAAACAUCCAAACAUGCAAUCGGUGGUCCUAAAGGAAAUAGAGAAGCUCCUAUUUCGUCCCAACGUAAAUACCCGAGCUCAAUAUUAUUGUCUUUGUUUCUUGAGCCAGUUUUAUUUGAGCCACGAGACAUCGGACGUCGCUAAGAAAAUGAUUGAAAUUUAUUUGUCGUUUUUUAAAGCCUGCGUUAAAAAGGGUGAAGUGGACAGUAGAAUGAUGUCCGCAUUACUGAUGGGUAUAAACAGAGCUUACCCAUAUUCAAAAAUGGAAUUUGAAGAUAUGUCUCCGCACGUGGACACGUUAUAUCGAUUAGUUCAUCUUGCUAGCUUUAAUAUUGCCCUGCAAGUACUUAUGUUACUUUAUCAUGUUACUGGGGAAAAGAUGGCUGAUCGGUAUUAUAGUGCUCUUUAUAGGAAGCUAGCAGAUCCCAAACUAUUAACCACCACACAUCAGGCCAUGCUAUUAUCUUUGUUGUAUAAAUCUUUGCUUAAAGAUGAACAAAUCAAUAGGAUAAAAAUGUUUAUAAAACGACUGUUGCAAGUCUCCUUAUUUGUCCAACCGUCAUUUUCAUGUGGGAUCCUUUAUCUGGUGUCAAAACUAAUUACUAAAAAACCCGAUUGCCAAGCACUGACAUUAAAAGAACUUAACCUGCCCGAAUUGGAUAAAUUCGAUGAUGGAGAAGAAAAAUAUUUCGAUAUUAAAGAUGAAAAAGAAGAUUGGGAGCUCGAAGUGCAAAAAGAAGAAACAACAGAUCAAUCCACUGAAAAUAAUGUAGUAGAUGAAACGAUAGAAAUAAAGGAGGAGGAAGAUGUAAAACCGGAUUUGCAAGAAAUUUCGUUUAAAGGUUCCAGUUGGGUUCACACGUCAAAGAUUGAUAAAAAACCCAUUUUAAAAUACAAUCCGCUAGCCAGGAAUCCGCUUUAUGGUGGUGGCGAGUUUUUAGCCUAUAGUGAGUUGAGGUAUUUCAGGCGCCACUUCCAUCCUACAGUUGCUUUAUGGACCGAGGAGUUGCUUAAAGGGGAAAAGCUGAAAUAUAGUGGAGAUCCUUUGAAGGAUUUUACUUUGAUACGAUUUUUGGAUAGAUUCGUCUUUAAAAAUCCAAAAACUAUGGAAGAUAAAACAGGAGCUCAUCCCACUUUUGGAAAAAGGAAAUUUUAUAGACCCAAGGGUGUCAAAAUGCUUUCAGUUAAUUCUAAAAGUUAUCUUAAUGAAGAUGAAAAGAAUAUUCCUGUUGACGAACUGUUUCUUUACUCCUUUUUACAGAAAAAAUAUCAAAAUAGGAAAUUGAUUGAAGACGAUGAUGAUAACAGCGAUCUUGAGUCAGUUCAAAGCGAAGAAUUUGAGGAAAUGCUUGAUAAAAUGGCUGGUUUAAAGGAUGAUGAAAGUGACGAAGAAAUUGACUUUAUGGGAGAAAUAGGAGACAACUUAAAGAAAAAACCUGAAAAACAGAAAAAGAAACGGAAAGGUGAGGAGGAGGAAGAAGGGACUGAAGAUGAAGGUUCAUUGGGAGAGUUGGAAGAGGAUGAAGAUGGUCUUGACGACGAGGAACCUGAACUUAGUGACGAUGGUAAUGAAGAGAUGGAAGAGGAUGGUGACGACGGGUUAGAGGCCACAGAAGAGGAUUUGGAUCUUUUUGAUGGUUUAAGUGACGAUGAUGAAGAUGAAGAUCUGGUUUUUCCGUCAGAUUCAGAAGAGGAAAAAAAUCCUAAGAAAAAUCUUAAGAAGGCUUUAAAAACUAAAGCCAAAAAAGACGAUAUGUCUUCAGUGUUUGCUUCGGCCGAGGAAUUUGCCACGCUACUAGAUGAAGAAGGCAGUUCAAAGCAGAAACCUGGUACUUCUAAUGUGAUGGAUAAUAGGGACAAAGCCAGUCAGAAACAGUUAGCGUGGGAGGACAAAAGAAACCGAUGGAUUAAAGGGUAUAACAAAGCAGUCAAAGAUAAAGGUGGUAACUUUUCAAAUAAAAGACCUAAUAAAAGCAAAUUUAGUAGUAAAAGUAAAAAGCUGAAAAAGAGAUGAAAUGUGAGUUAUCUUCUUAUAAGUUUGAGUUGCUAGUUAAGUUGUAAUAAAAUUGUUAUAAAGUAA